AUGACAAUCACCUGCGAAGGACAUGUCUUCCAAGUGUCCCGCAGUAUCGUCUGCCCGCAAUCCGACGUUCUCGAACGCGAAAUCGACGGAGAGUAUGAGGAAGGCAAAGGCGACAUCAAACACGACGAAUAUGACGCCCAGGCUGUGAAUCGCAUGAUCCAUUUCCUCUACGAUGGUGAUUACGAUCAGGCAUCAACGGCUGCAACGACUUGCGAGGAGGAAUUCAAUGAAAAUAUCGAUGACGGCGAACAGACGAUAUCAUCAUUAUCAUCAUCAGUCACGGACGGCCGCCUUCUUGCGCACAUCAACGUCCAUGGCAUUGCAGGGUACUACAAUAUCCCGAAGCUCCGAAGACUCGCGGCCGAAAAGUUUCAAGCCGCGCUGAAGGAGCUGGACUGGUCUACGAUUGACAAUGCCAAGAUCGUCGGAGCCAUCUAUCGACAGGCUAAAGCGGAAGACGCCGGGCUCCGCGAUGCGAUAGUCGAGAAAGCCAUGCCUCAUAUCGACUUCUUCGAGGAUGACGAGUUCCCCGGCGAGUUUCUAGUCCGUGUUCUCCAUCUUCUCUCCAAUGCGCACAAAGCAGAUCAAGCAAACAUGAACAAGGUCAUGGAGGAGUUGCGUUCGGAGGUUGACUCCAAUCGUGCAGGGCGGGAGAUGCUUCAGCGAUCACAAGACAAUAUCAUCCGCGUAGAACGCCUUUGCCGUGAUACGUACAACUGCAGACACUGUUCGGAAGCUCUCAAUGUACUUGUGGAAGGCUCUGGAGAUGGCAAAUCUUUCAUUCGCUGCAAAAGUUGCAGGACUAAACAUGGCCCAUGA